AUGUAAAUAAAUCUCUUUUUCUUAAUACAAAUACAUCUCUUCACAGUUCAACAAAACUUCUUGAAAAAAUUCCAAUAAGUAAAGAUAAAACUUACAGUGAAGAAACAGUUAUUGCUUAUUGCAUAUGCGUUAAAUUGGAGAAAAAAGAUUACUUUUUUUGAUAUUCUAAAAAUAUAGUUAUAGAUUUUCUUGAAAAAGUAUGUCAGAUGUUCUUACAAGCUUAUACCUAUUUCUGUGGGAAAUAUUGGCUUUAUGACAAAUAAACCAAAAGAUAAAAAUAAAAAUACUAUUUUCGAACAUAAUUAUAUCAAAAAUUCUUAUUUUGGGGGUAGAUGUGAGGUUUUCGGUAAUCCUAGCGGCAAAAAAAAAAUUCAUCAUUUUGAUUUUACUGGUAUGUAUUCCCAAUGCUUCCAUACCAUCAAAUUCAAAUGUGAUGAUUAUAUCCCGUUUCUCCCAUAUAGAGGUGAAAAGCUUUUAUUUCCUAAAGAGCAUUACAGCUCUCUUGUAUACGAGAAAAAAGAUUUUAUUUUUAGAGAUUUUAUAGACAUAUUUGUCGAUAUAAGAAAGAAAGGAAUAUAUUAUAAGAUAUUUGGUAAAAACAUGAAUAAUGGUCUUUAUGGAUCGUUUGCUAUGAAUGAAGAGGACGAGGAGUAUGUUGUAUGCAUGAAUGACCAAGAAUUUGAGUCUUACAGGCUGUAUACAGAAAUAAAAAGUUUUUUUAAAUAUAAAAAGAGAAAUGUGGCGUAUGCUGCAGUAAUAGCGUCCAAAGCUCGUAUUAAACUUAAUAACGCCCUCAUAGAAGUUUUAAAAGAUGGCGGCGAGUUAUAUUAUACGGAUACUGAUUCAAUAUUCGCCGGUUAUGACGAAUCCAAAUUGAAUUGUGCGUUAGGGGAAAUUGUAUGA